GGGGAAUACAUUUGUGCAGAUAGCGACGAAAUACCAACCGUUGUUGACAAGGUGACCGAUGGUGCUUUACUGUAUUACGGCUGUCCAUGUUGUUGGAUCGUUCAUCCCAAACGUGACUGGAUGAUUGAACAUAUUGCUAAUACUCACGAGCCGCUCUUCAAUGACGAUGUCGCCAUAUCAACGAAAAAAGACGUGUUCCACUUUCGUCGUAGCAUUGCUUCUCCUCAACCCAAGCGCCCAAAGAUCACGGACAAGACAAUUGCUACGCUGUCACCAGUUGUGUCGAUUGUUUCCGAUCAAUAUCUUACUGAUCAAGUCAAUCUUCUUACGUUUAAACAAUACCCUACUGCACACAAGCUUCUUGUAAAGGCUAUGGAUGUCCCCUUGCCCACUUUGCCCCGCUUUUUGUGGGCAUUUGAAAUUGAAGCCAAUACCAACGAUGACGAUUUGGUAUUCGUCAAUAUCCUUCGGUGCAUCCUCACUGAUUUUUACAGCAAGUGUCAACGUAAUCCACAAUAUCAACCAAAAUAUGAAAGAACUUUCUGGGUGGAUCGAGUUGUCCCGAUUUUUCAAGCACUAGGCGAUCACAGUCAACUGCUGGGGUUUCAAUGGUGUGAAGUACCCACUGAAGAACAUGCUGAAUUUACAAUCGACCCAACGACGUGGAAACCCGGUGUUUCCAACAAAUUCCAUGAUGGAUUGGGUUAUGACAACAACAAUUGCAAUAAACUCAUAAUGGAAGGCUCAAGCGGAUAUAUUGACAAGGAAAACGUACAGCGCUCACAAGAUGAUACUAUUAAGAUCAUUCACGCAUCCAUCGAACUCCUGGAUUCGCUCAUCCGACGCCAUUUGUCUGCCUCAUUUUCAAGCCUCUGUUUGAUCGACUCUUUCUCUGUGCAAUGUGUGUGCACAAGCAUUACCUUGUCCACAACAUCUUUGGAUCCUGAAGAUCCUGGCGCAUACAUUCAUACACAGGUACGAUCUGCCGACAUUCCUUUGAAUUACGAUAGCCGGGUAUCAUGGACCGCCAUUUUUGAGCUCCUGGCGUAUCUCUUCACCUGUUUGAAAGAACAGAAGUUAGUACUUGAAACCGUCACCAAGGAAAGUACUGGCCUUCUUCCUGUCACUGAUGGUGAUCGUGGCAUGAAUGUCUUGCCAGAAAUUGAUGGGUCAUAAUGAUUUCGCAUCCGUUAGUAUUACUUUUUUCUACAUCCUUCCCAGAUAGUAAAGUCUUGUAGAAUUGAUAUGAUAGUCGUUAUUUUCUGAGUAAAAUU